AUGGCAAAUGCCUCCGCCUUCAAUUUAAAUGAAGAAAUCUUCCCUCCGAUCGUCCACGACCCGAAGCUUUCCGCGAAAGAGGCCGCAGACCCUUUCGCGGCUACGCACAAGCCGAAGUAUGGUCUCGGAGUAGGUGGAGCGAAGAACCGCAGGAGGAAUGAGGCUAGGCGGCUUGCACGGGAGCAGGGCCAGAUACGAGACGCGGAGGACGCGAGUGAGGAUGAUGAGGAUGUUGAACAGGAGAUUGUUGCUGGAGAGAAGGAGAGGAGUGGAAAGAGGAAGGAGAGUCGGGCAGAGAAGAUGACGGGGAAUGCGAAGGGAGACGAGGCUGCGGCAUUUAAGGCGAAGCUCGUCGACAGACCCAAAGAAAAGCGAUAGGUGCUGCGGGACACGAUGUUGGACGCAAUUCGCCGAUUCUGCAAGGAGAUACUCUGCAAGGAUACAUGAGAAGGCGGAAUGCUGGAAGCUCACGGGGCUGGCACCGCGGUUGACCGGACAUGUUCAGCGAUGGUAGACAUGCCUGCGCUGGAGAGU